CGAUUUGUCUUUUGGCGGCUUAAAAUUCAAAAGAAUUGGCGAAUCGUAGCUUCCUAAACACACUGAAAUCCCAGUCCAGAUGCUCAUUCUCAUCGGCUUUCGUAGCUUCAUCUGCUAAACCAUUACUCUCUCUCGCUCGCUCGCUUGCUCGAGCUCUCUGAGUCGGACAUGGCGGACCCGAUUCCGAGUCAACUGGAGAUGAUGGGCAGAGAGCUCAAGUGUCCUAUCUGCUUGAGCCUGUUGAACUCUGCAGUUUCACUCCUCUGUAAUCACGUGUUCUGCAACUCAUGCAUUCUGAAAUCGAUGAAAUCUGGCUAUACUUGUCCAGUUUGUAAGGUGCCCUAUCGUCGUAGAGAGGUUCGCCCGGCUCCACACAUGGACAACUUGGUAAGCAUAUACAAACACUUUGAAGUGGCUUCAGGAAUAAACAUGUUUGUCUCCCAAAAUGCGGCAACCAAUAAAUUAUCAGAUGGGGAAAACCAACUAGAGGAUCGUGAUAUUGGGGGUAGUGGAGAUGUUGACGUGGCUGGUCAUCAAGUAUCAAAGGGAAAAAGGACAUUGAAAAAGAAAGAGUCAAGAAAAACAAAAAAGUCCAACAUGAUAAUUUCCAGUCCUGGUUGUGUGAAACCUUCCUUUCCAACGAAGAAGAGGGUGCAGGUGCCACAAUAUCCUUCUGAUGAAUCUUUAGUAUGUCAUACAACUCCUAAAGCUGGAUUAUGUGAAACCAAAGACAAUGAAACGAAGACCAAUUUGGCUUCUGCGAAGCAGAAGCUAGCACUGAAUGACAAGGGAGAACCGGCAUUUUUGCCCUUUUUCUGGUUGAGGGAGGAAGAAGAUGUUGAGAAGAUUUCUCAAUCUUCCGAAAAGGAACAGCUCACAGGCACAUCACCUCCUGAUGUUCCUUCUUUCAGUGAUAUGAAGGACUCAGAUGAUGAGUUGCCCUUUAAGUUGACUACUGAGGGAAACACUAAUGGUAAUCCUGCAGCCAGAGAAUUUUACGACAGUGAGAUGUUUGAAUGGACGCAAAGACCUUGCUCCCCUGAACUUUGUUCAAGUCCAAUUAAAGUUCAGGUCACUGGUACUAAGAAAGAUUUCAAGGAAGCCUCGCAACGAAAUAUUGCUAUUCAAACAAUUAGAAAUUUAGAUAGUCAAAUUGAUACUGAUGAUGUGCCAUCACCAGAUUUCCCUUCUGUGUCAAUGACUGGAAAUGAUCAUAGGAGGAAAGUAGCAUCCAAAAAGAGAAGAAGAAAUAGGAGGGGAAAAUCCCAGAUGAACUUAAUGAAAGGCAACACCAAGAACAGUCCAGCAGUUCGUCUUAGUUCAAAUGAAACAUUUGAAACCUGUCAUGAACAGCCAUCAUGGUAUAGCGGUGAAAACAUGUUGACCCAAAUACAUAAAUUGAAGAUGUGUAAGAGAUCAGAUUCUGUUAUUAGUCAAAUUAAGACAACAGAUGGAGAUGUUUCUGCUGAGAUUCCAGGCAAGGGCUGCAGCGUCACUGAAGUAGCUGAAACCCCACCUCUGAAACAGGAUAAUGGCGAUGAUACUAGCUUUUUCAAGACUGGAAGCAGCCAGAAAGAUCACCUUACAAUGUGGAAUGAAAGGAAGCGGAUAUCCAUAGAAGAGAGACUCAAUUUUGAAGGGCCUGCCAUCCAAGACCAAACCAAAGAAAACUUGGUUUACAACUCAUCCCUUUCAACUUCGAAUCUCAAAGAGUCAUCUACAAUGGGAAAUAAGGAUGACAACAUGGAGGGAAUGAAGUCUGGAAAGUUGCUAACAGAGGAUCAAGGAUUAAGACUAAAGGAAAGUGAGAAAUGUUAUUCUCUGGUAAUCUCAGAUGCUGGGGUGAAUGAUGGGAAUCCAGAGGUUGGCGAUAAUGGCCAGGUUGACGAAGCUCAGACAAAUCAUGAUGUGAGACUUGCAACUGAGUUUUCGAUAGCUGAGAAACUUCAUGAUUUAGAUAAAAUGGUUUUGCGAAAAUGUGGGACCAUUCCCAGGGUUGUCCAGUGUGCUUUCUGCCAGUCAUCAGAAUGCUCAGAGGCUUCAGGAGAGAUGGUCCACUACAGUAAUGGUGAGCCUGUUCCUGCAGGUUACAGUGGAGGAUCUAGGAUCAUACAUUCACACAAGAAUUGCACUGAAUGGGCUCCUAACGUCUAUUUUAUGGAUCGUCUAGCUAUUAAUCUUGAAGCUGAAGUAGUCAGGAGUCGAAGAAUAAAAUGCUGUUGUUGUGGAAUCAAAGGGGCCGCUCUUGGAUGCUAUGAGAAAAGUUGUCGCAAGAGUUUUCAUGUUACUUGUGCCAUGAAGAUCCCGCAAUGUAGAUGGGAUACAGUUAAUUUUGUUCUAUUGUGCCCGCUUCACUGUUCUUGUAAAUUGCCUAUUGAAAUUCCCGGACCUCGAGAGAUACAGAGUUCUUCAAAAGAAGAGCAAUCACAACUCAUUCAUGAUGAAAAUGAUGAGAAGCAUCAGCAUGGUGCAAGCUCGAUGCGGAUGUAUUGUGGAUCUCACAACAAAAUAGUUCUGUGUUGUUCAGCUUUAACAAAAGCUGAGAGGGAUAUGGUUUCUCAAUUUGGGAAGGCAUCCAGAGCAAAAGUAGUGCAAAAAUGGAAUCCAACUGUGACUCAUGUAAUUGCAUCAGCAGAUGAAAAUGGAGCUUGCAAAAGGACAUUCAAAGUUUUGAUGGGCAUCCUGGAGGGCAAGUGGAUACUGAGUGUUGAAUGGAUAAAAGCUUGCAUGGAAGCAAUGGAACAUCUCAAAGAGGAGAGAUAUGAAAUCAAUGUCGACAUUCAUGGAAUGAGGAACGGUCCUCAACUUGGAAGACAAAGAGUCAUUAACAUGCAACCAAAACUAUUUGACGGGCUUAAGUUCUAUUUCAUGGGGGAUUUCGAUACUUCACUCAAAGGAUACCUCCAAGAUCUUGUGGUUGCUGCCGGAGGCACUGUGCUUCACAGAAAGCCCAUUCCUUGCGAUGAGCUAGCCCCCUUACCUUCAUCCAUUCCUUCAACCUUCAUAAUAUAUAGCCUUGAGAUGCCAGAAAAUUGUGGUCUAAGCAGGGAUGUGAUCAUCAAGCGCAGGCUGUCUGGUGCAGAAGCUCUCGCUAGAUCAACAGGAGCAAAAGUGGCUAGCAACUCAUGGCUUUUGGAUUCUAUUGCAUCCUGCAAGUUAGAAUGAUGAAAAUGUUCCUCGUUUGUUAUUUAAGGAGCUCUGCCAAUCCUCAUGGCUCUUUAUUUUUAUCAUAAAG